GGACCUUGGAGCAAAAAAUGCCAAGUUAUCACUAUCGAAACCUCUUCUCGCUGAUCGAACUCAGAAGGCAACAGUACAGAGAGGGAGGGGAGGAGCUUGGAUGGACUCAUCAUCUGGUCUGAAAACCCUAAACGUUAUAACGACGCCUCUCCAUUUCUGCGCCAGAGCUGCCCUAUUUCGUUCACUGCACUUUGCUCAAGUCAAGAAGAAAUUCCAAUUUUCUCUCUCCUCUUCACGCUCCUAUCCACUCUCCAAUCUCUCUGAAAGAGGCCAGGUCAGUUCUCUGCCUGACGGCAUCGGUGACGCAAUCUGUGAAACCCCACAGAACAAGCUUCUUCAAGUGGUGUUAGUUUCUCCUCAGAUUCCUGGAAACACUGGAUGUAUUGCCAGAACUUGUGCAGCAUCAGCUGUUGGAUUACACCUAGUUGAGCCGUUAGGAUUUCAGGUGGAUGAUACAAAACUAAAACGUGCUGGACUGGAUUACUGGCCAUAUGUAGUUGUUAAAGUACAUGGUUCAUGGGCAAGUUUUUUGGACUAUUUCAAGCAACAGGAAGGGGAAAAGCGGUUGCUGGCAUUUACCAAGAGAGGAACAGCUAUUCAUUCAGAUUUUUCCUACAGAAGAGGUGAUUGGCUCAUAUUUGGCUCAGAAACUUGCGGGCUUCCACCUGAAGUCCUGCUCGACUGCAACAGCAAAGCAUUUGGCGGUGGUACCCUUCGGAUUCCUAUGGUUGAAACUUGGGUUAGGUGUCUAAAUUUAUCUGUGAGUGUUGGCAUUGCUUUGUAUGAAGCUUCCAGACAGCUAAACUACGAGCAGCUUCAAUGUCAAUCUGAAACCUCCAUAGAGAGCGAUAAAUCUUUUAGAACUGAAGAUAUUUUUGCUUAAUUGCAUGCUGUCAAACUUAUGGUUAUUCAAAGUUGUACUCAGGUAAUUUAUUGACAGAUAGGGCAAGAACUAGCAUUUGAUUAUUUGAUUUUCUUAUGAUAUUUUGAUCGCAUUUCUUUUCU